AUAAUCUAAACAGCUGAUUUCCAGUAUCAUGCAAUUUAAGUAAUUUUUAAAAAGUUUUAAUAAAGUUAUGAACGCCGGAUUUAGGUUGGUUAGCGGUCUGCGAUAUGAAAUUUCAAAGCAUUUCGUUCGAAACACAUGCAAAAUUGCUGUGGAAGUGGAACCGAAUCUUAUUGAAAAAUUGGAGAAUGCAGAGAUUAAAGCACGGCAUCAUCCUGGAAUAGCAAAAGUAGGGAAAAUCGAGAUACCGAUAAACUUGCGCCAUGCUUUGGAACGCGUCAUAGGAGAUUAUCCGGUGAAAACACUGUUGAAAGAUUGUAAACAACUUGAUCAAUAUAUAAAUUCCCGGCAUCCUCCGAUUGAACAAGAAGAAUUAAAUUUGAAAAUGAAAUCCAUUAUGGAAGAAGUUGACCGCCGCAUGCCGCCGGAGAAGUUGUCUUUAUUAGGAGAAGAAAGCGGUGUUCAUUGGAGGAGAAAACGAGACAAGUUAAUUAAGCGCAUGGUGGCACAACGAAACUAUGCUUGGAAGCCGAUUGAAUAUGGUUCAUAUGAGGCAUUGGUUUACGCAAUUGGGCGCGGGGCAAAGGAAUACGGUGUACUAACGAAUAUAUUAAAUGAAUUAAGAGUACGUGAUAAAUCGUUCCAGCCCAGAAGCUACUUUGACUUUGGUGCGGGUGUGGGUACUGGCAUGUGGGCGGCUAGUAAUUUGUGGAAAGAUACUAUAUUUGAGUAUUACAAUGUUGAUAGUUCCCGUAAUAUGAAUGAUCUGUCUGAAUUAAUAUUACGUGAGGGAAAUGAAAACCAACAAUUAUUAUUGCGCAAUGUUUACUACAGACAGUUUCUACCUGCCUUGGAGACGUUGUAUGAUUUGGUUGUAUUGUCAUACACUCUUUUUGAGCUACCAAGCGCGGAUAGCCGCAAAGAUGUUUUACUCAACCUAUGGAAGAAAUGCAGUGGUUACAUGGUCAUUGUCGAAGAAGGUACUAGACGCGGAAGUGAGUUAAUCAACGAAGCUCGCGAUUUUAUUUUAAGUCUGGAGAGCGAGGAACUGAAGGGUCAUGUUUUUGCACCGUGUUCCCACAACUUAACAUGUCCUCGAUUUGCUAAUAACGCUGAUCGCACACCUUGCAACUUUGAAGUUGGUUAUGUCCCUUUACAAUUGGGUGGUGUAAAAGAUGACCGCCACAUUACGCGUUAUUCUUACGUCGUUCUAAAGAAAGGCGAGAUAUCAGAUCCCACUCGUAAGUGGCCAAGGCUGGUACGACCAACAUUAUUGCGCUCCAAACACAUAAUAUGUAGGAUGUGUACAGAGGAUGCCAAAUUGCAGGAAGUAAUAUUUACACAUUCUAAACAUGGGAGACAUGCCUAUCGAUGUGCCAAGGUCAGUGAUUGGGGUGACAGGUUACCAAUUAAAUUGGGUGAUCAAUUGCCAACAAUUAGAAAAACAUUAAGGAAUAAGGAAGGAAGAAAUGAAGAUGAGUAAAUUAUAAAAUUAUAUGUAUACUUAAGAGGAACCAAAAAUAAAUAAAUCCAUAUUCAUUUUGCUGAAUAUAUAAUUAAUUAUUAA